AUGUUUCCAACUUGCACUAGACAAGGAUAUUUUUGGUCUAUUGAUGGUUCUGAAGGACCGGAAAUCUCAGAUUUAGAUAAAGAGGAGAUCUUAGAAGGUCCAUAUUUUGAUCCUGCUGAUAAUAAUGAAUCAUUGUUUGAGAUUCCUGCUAACUUGUUUGAUGAAUCUCUUCCAAAACUUGAGAGCAUAAAAUCAUCAGAUGAUAACGGUGCUUACGUAUGCUCAAGUGGAGACAAAGUUUGAAGUUCAGAAGCCAAUAACACCCAGAUAACACAAGAGCUAUGUGGAAAGAGUUAUAUAGAAAAGAAAAUUGAGUCUGUUGUCGUUACUAAUAUGUUAAAUACGAUUCAUAAAAGGUGGGGGAGGAACCAAGAUAAAGUAUUAUUCCAGACAAUCAGAGAUAUGGAGCAAGAUCAGAUCAUCACUCUUGAUGAGAUCCUUAACCUCAAUUCUCACUCCAGCAAUUAUGAAGGCAUUGAGCAACUGAAAGAGAGAUCAGGCUGGAAGGCUUGCCAUACAAAGCUCUUGGCUAGAAUAAGAUCCUUAUGAGUAUCCGAAUUCUCUUUCAGAGAAAUAAAGAAACUUAAAAAGAUUUUACGGAAGGAUUAUAAUUUCGGUGAAAUAGAUUACGACAAAGUGAUCUACGAGUUCCCUGGUAAAACUAAAGGGACUCUCAUAGAGCUAUGUGGCAGACUAAAGCUCUCCUACAAGAAAAAGAGUUUGAGCAGUCUGAGAAGAAUUAAGAAUAAAACUAAUAGCUCAUAA